AUGUGUGGGAUCUGUUUGUGGCUCGCGCCAUUUGUUUUUGGGCUGAUCAGCACUGGUCUAUCCGCUGUUGUAACUUUCAUGACCAAGGAAAUCCAGGGACGCUUGACGUCGUCGCUUGAGGACCGUGAGAAGGAAUAUCGAGACGCACCAGAAAUUCUCACAAAAUUAGCGAAAUUUCACAAAGAAAAUCCAAAGACAUAUAGCUACGAGACCGUAUUUGGCGGUUGCGCUCAAAAUAUCUUCGCUGGGAGUGACACGAUUUCAAUCACGUUGAAUGCGAUAUUUUACUAUGUACUAAAAAACGAACAAGUCCUUCGCAGACUGUGCUCGGAGAUUGACGAGGCAAUUCAAUCUGGUCAGGCUUCGGACCCUAUUACUUCUGGUCAGGCGCGAAAAUUACCCUAUCUUCAGGGUGUAAUCAAGGAAGGCAUGCGCAUGCAUUCGGCCACCGGUCUUCCUAUGUGGCGUGUUCUUUCGAAAGGAGGAGUAGUUCUAUCAGGAGUGAUAUUCCCUGCUGGAAGGGUUGUUGGGAUAAAUUCCUGGGUUGCGCAUUACAAUACGACUGUCUUCGGCGAAGACGCGGCACUCUUUCGACCAGAGCGAUGGCUCAAGUCGCACUCCCCACCAGAACAACUUGCAAGCAUGGAAAGGUACUUCAUGGCAUUUGGUAUGGGUUCACGUACCUGCAUUGGUAAGAAUAUUAGUAUCCUCGAGAUCUCCAAGCUUGUACCGCAACUCAUUCGCCAUUAUGAUAUCCGGCUUGCCACACCGCAAUGGACCUGCCGAAAUCAAUGGUUCCCCAAACAAUCUAAUUUCCAGGUGACUAUAAGCAUGAGAGAAGUCUCACGACCAAUGUCAUAG